CGUGGCUGCUGCAGCUCGGGGUGUUAGCGGUGGGAGAUUGGCGUCCCCGCCCGCUCCCCCAGCCUGGUCGCUGUCCAGGCCCCCGAAUCUGCCCCGGGGACCGGGGCUCGCCUGCUAUGCGCGGCAUCCCGCGCCCGCACCUGCAGCGCCCGGACGUAUGUGGCGAGCCCACGGAAGGGCAUGCUUCCACGCACCAAGUACAACCGCUUCAGGAAUGACUCGGUGACAUCGGUCGAUGACCUUCUGCACAACCUGUCGGUGAACCCGGUGAACCACGGCGGCAAAGUCUCGGCGGCGCGCGCAGCCCCAGCAGCGGCCCCUUACCUGGUGUCUGGAGACGCGGUGCGCAGGGCUCCUGAUGAUGGCUCGGGUAGCCUGGGUCACCUGCUUCACAAGGUGUCCCACCUAAAACUCUCCAGCUCGGGUCUCCGCGGCCUGUCUGUGGCCAGGGAGCGGGCGAGCGCGCGCCUCUCAGGCAGCUGCAGCGCGCCCAGCCUGGCCUCCCAGGACAGCAGCGAGCCUCCCGGCCCCCGUGCCCCGGCCAUGCGCACCGCCAGGAAGGGCGGGCUGGGUGAGGAGCAGCCACCCCGCAUAGGCCCCACCAGCGACCAGGUGCUGGGGGCUGGGGUCACCUACAUCGUAAAGAGAUUCCAAGAUGGCUGCAGAAUAGGUGGAAGCUACACUCAUCUGCUCUUGUCCCCAAACCUUCUUACAGCUAAGUUAUAG